AUUUAUUAUAAAACCCCGCACGGUAAAUCAAAAACCUCUCAGUUUCAUAAAAAUAAAAUAAAAUCAAAAACCUCUCGAACCAGAAUCACCCGCCAUCCCCGCUCGCCGCCUAAACCACCACCACCGCCGUGAAUCCUCCGGCGACCGCUUAUUAAAGCAGUAAGCAGUACAAUGACAACUAGAAUAGCACCGGGAGUAGGAGCAAAUCUGCUAGGGCAGCACUCGGCGGAGAGGAACCAAGACGCCACCGCAUACGUCGGAAAUCUUGACCCUCAGAUUUCCGAAGAACUUCUUUGGGAGUUAUUUGUUCAAGCUGGACCCGUUGUGAAUGUAUAUGUUCCUAAGGAUAGAGUAACGAAUCUUCACCAAGGUUACGGGUUUAUCGAAUUUCGUAGCGAAGAAGAUGCUGAUUAUGCAAUCAAGGUUUUGAAUAUGAUUAAGCUUUACGGCAAGCCAAUUCGUGUAAAUAAGGCGUCCCAAGAUAAAAAGAGCCUGGAUGUUGGAGCUAACCUUUUCAUUGGGAACCUUGACCCGGACGUUGACGAGAAACUUCUUCAUGAUACUUUCAGUGCCUUCGGGGUUAUUGUUACAAAUCCUAAGAUUAUGAGAGAUCCUGAGACUGGAAAUUCCCGCGGUUUUGGCUUCAUUAGUUAUGAUUCUUUUCCUGCAUCUGAUGCAGCAAUCGAGGCAAUGAAUGGUCAGUAUCUCUGCAACAGACAGAUCACGGUUUCAUAUGCAUAUAAGAAAGACACUAAAGGGGAGCGACACGGUACACCAGCAGAGAGAGUUUUGGCUGCAAGUAAUCCAAGUUCCCAAAAAAGCAGGCCCCACACACUGUUUGCUAGUGGUCCGCCGACACUUCCAAACGUUCCUCAGGCUGGUGGUCCUGUUGGUGUGCCAGUACCUCCACGCCCGUUUGCAAAUGGCUCUGUUCCUCCAGGCCCAAUGCCUCCACUUCGUCCACCGAUGCCGCCAAAUGCACCCUUCCAACCGAUGCAGGUCGGACAACAAACCUGGCAAGGUCAGCCUCAGCAGCAAGGUCAAUUAAUGCCACCCCCGGGUAUGCCUCCGCCUCCAAUGCAGUUCAGGCCGCCACCUCCAAACAUGCCCCCACCCCCUCCCCAGGUUGCUCAACUCCUUCAAAGACCUCCUCCACAGCAAAUGGGAAUGGGUAUGCAACAACAAAUGUGGCGGCAACCACCACCUCCUCCACAGUUUGCUGGUGGGCCUCCUAUGCAACAAAUGAUGAUGCAACAACAUCACCAGCACAAUAUGCUCCCACCGCCACCCCCAUCCGGUUGAAGGCUAAAAUAGGUAUAUCCUUGAAGCUGUCUAUAAGAACUGUUACAUUGGUUACUUCUUGAAUCAUCUGUUGCAUGUCAAUUAGGACUUUUCUUUUCUUUCUGAUCAUAUCUUCAAUUAGGACUUCUUUUUUUACUAUUUUGGAUUUUUUUUGCCUUUCUGAAAUCGAGUUUAGCUUGAAGAUAAUGCAUGAAUAGAUUUGAGUAAACCUGCUUGUUUCUUUAAUUACUACAUUUCUCCCAAAGCAAGUUGUUUCA